AUGACGGCCCCACUGCUGCCCCCGCCAUCCCCGGCGCGCGCGUCGUCGCACCACAGGCGGAGAUCGACGCUGCUCACCCUCGCCGGCGUCGUCUUCGUCAUCAUCUCGCUGUACUACGUCCCCUUGCUCCCCCGGAGCCAGCAGCCAAAGGCUACCCACGCACCAGAACUCGACGACAAGGGGCGCUGGAAGCCGCCCAACGCGACACACGGCCACACUGCGCCCCACGGCUCGGCGGAGGCAGUGCUCGUCGCGGCCAAGCCUGCCGCUGGGGACCACUACAAGACCACGGCGGGGUACCGGUGGGACUGCGAGGCCAAGCUCCGCGCUCUCACAGCCUGUACCGCUCGCAACGACUGCGCACCACAGGCGUCCAACAUCGUCAUCUUUGGCGCGUACUACUGCGACGAGGCAAUAUUCAGCAAUGGCCAGAGUCGUGAGGCGCACUGGUGUCGCAGCAUGGUUCACUCGCUCGAGCGCCAGGGGUUCACAGUGCUGAUCGCGCGCAACGACUUUGAAUACAUCUACCAUCUCUACCGCCAGAUGCCGGACCUCGUGCGCGUGGUGAUUGGCGACAACGAGUGGCCGUCUGGUCGGCCAGAAGACUGGUUCAAGACGGACGAGCGGCCAGAUGGCAUCCCGGCGUGGAAGUUCUUCCACUUCCACUACAACCCGACCGAGCACGGCAACGGGUUCGUUGGGAACGCCUGGGCAGUUGCCGCCGAGCCCGAGGACUGGCGCCCGGAGCAUGACCGAUGGAACUACACCUACCUGGGCCUCUCGCUCGAGGACACGCUUGUCCGCCCGCUCGGCUUCCACGACCGCCGCGCGCGUGCCUUUAUCCUGGGUAACAAGAAGGAGUACUACUACAAGAACGCGGCGUGGCCCGACGACUUCUUCACGCGCGCCAAAGCCGAGCUGCGCCAGACGUACCCCGAUUUCGAGUUCAUUUCGACUGUGCCAGGGCCUCAUGGAGAGGACCACGAGGGCAUGCCCAAGGGCAUUAGGAAUGUGGGCGAGCUGAGCCUCAAGGACUGGGAGGGCGAGCUGGCCCCUGCGCGUGUCAUGAUCGGGCUGGGGCAGCCAAAACUGAGCCUGGGAGCGUACAAGGCGUUGCAGAUGAGUCUGCCGUUUGUCAAUCCUCACUGGGGCGACGAGACCGACCCGCUCCGCUGGGACGAUGUUCAGCACUCGACGCUGCGCACCGAGGUCGAGCCAUACGUCUACCAGGUCAAGGCAGGCGAUUUCGACGGCUUUUUGCGUGCCAUCCACAAGGCUCUUGAGAAGCCCAUGUUGCCAAAACACUACGCGCGCAUGACAGACAAGGCUCUCGACCGGCGGAUGUACGAGUUUGUUCACCACGACUGGAAGCACGCGGCGUCGAUCAUUCUCGAGCAACGCAAGAAGGGCGUCGAGACGCAGAACUCGGGCAAGCUGUUUGUUCUCUCGUCGAGUGGCCCGACGGACCGGGUGCACCGGCGGCCGUUCCACAAGCGCACCAAGACGGGGUGUCUCCCGUGCCGCGAGCACAAGAAGAAAUGCGACGAGCAGACCCCCAUCUGCAAGCGCUGCCGCACGAACAAGCGGUCGUGCGUAUAUCCCCCCGGCGCGCUCCCGGGGUCACUGUCCCGCCAGCGCUCUGAAGGCGUCGAGCUGGACCCCGGCAUGGACAUUGACACUACGACACGGCGCGACCGACGGCCAGAGGAGCAGGCGGCCGCGGCGGCGCUGUUCUCCAUUGGCGAUGUUGGAGAGCUGGACCGGACGCCGAGAUCCGACGACAUCCUUUCGCUCGUGAUGGACACGCCGCAGAGUCUACGGCCGUCGUCGACCACGCCGCAGGGCCUGACUCUUCCCGUGUCCACACCAGCCCCACCACCGGCGCCUGGCCUGGCGUACGACCCCAGCCUGUUCUGGGACGAGGGGGCCGUGUCGUUACCCACCAACAUGGCCGGCACGCGCAAGGAGGACUUUGUCGCGCGCAUGUUUGGCGCGAGUGACCAACUCCUCGCCGAGCUCCUCCUCGACGCUACGGCCGUCGGGCUCAUCCCCCCCGGCGACGCGGACGAGACGGAGACCGAGGUGCUCCUUGGCCCGCAGUUCCCGCGCCGCGUCGAGUUCCCCCGGCUGUUCGCGCCGAGCGGAUACAUUGACCUUCCUGACGCGACCGACGAGGACCUGCUCACGUUCUUCUUUGAGCUGGCGUCGCGCACCGUCGUGGCACUGGAUACGAACGACAACCCGGUGCGCACCUGCUUCCUGCCCGUACCGCUGCACAACUCGCCGACCGACUCGGGCAAGGCGCUCCACUCGGCGCUGCUGCACUCGGUCCUGUGCGUGUCCGCGAUCCACUGCCACACCGUGUCCCAGCGCCGCCCGGACGGCGUGUUCCCAGACUACCAUGCCCAGGUGGUGCACCACCGUCUACAGGCGUUCCACUGCCUGCGGGAGAGCGCCGAAAAGCAGCUCGUCGAGAAGCUCGAGCAGAGCGAGGUGGAGAGCAGGACCGCGGCAGUGCUGUUGCUUCUCCUCGCGAGCGUGUUUGACGGCGACGCAAAGCUCGUCCCCACGCUGCUCAAGAACGCCGAGCUCGACCUCCCCCGCUGUGGGCCGGAAAACUCGGCGAGCUACUACGUCGCCAUGCACUCGAUCUACCGCAUCAUGGACGCGCUUGCUCGGCAGCAGCUGGUCGAUAUUCACAGCUUGGCGUGGUCGACAUUCACGACGGACCGGUGGAUCCAGCGUGCGGCAGUCAUUGUGAAGAACAUCUCUGGGACGACCCAAGACACCCUGCUCCGCUUUGCCCGCUGCCACAACCUCAUCAUCAAGCACUCGCAGCUGCGCGAGCAGCUCGCCGACCCGGCCAACUCGGGGACGACGCCGCAGCUGUCGUGGCAGAUGGCCGAGCUCGAGGCCAAGCUCGACUUUGAGGAGGGCGAGCUCGCUGACACGACGGGCGUCGUGCCCAAGGACGAGGAGCUGCACCGCGUCAACGUCGGUAUCCAGAUGUGGCGGUGCGCGCUGCGCGUGUACAUUCUCCGGUCGGUCUUUGGCGCGACGUCAUCCGACAAGCGGGUCGCGCAGUGCUUGCGGACAGUGCUGGACGUGGCGCCGUCGACGACGCGGGGCACCGAGGUGGGGUAUGUUUGGCCCAUGAUCAUUGUGGGCUGUGAGGCCAUCACACCGGAGGACAAGGCCGCCGUGAUCAAGAUCAUCCAGCGCUGCCAGUGGAAGCACUCGGCGCCGCCCCGUAUCGCCGAGGUGGUGGUCAAGGCGGCCUGGGAGGGCAAGGACUGGCAGACCUCUCUGCGGGAGCGAGGCUGUCCGCUUCUAAUCUAG